AAUGUCAAUUUGUCAAUUCAAAACAAACAAAGUAGAAGAGGGAUUUUGGAUUGUAUCCUGAGAUUUUACUUUAUGUCGUAGAUUGUUGUAAUAUUGCUAAACCUAUUACUUAUAUAAACUUUUUACCUUGGUUUUAUUUUAUUUCAUAAUUUAUUAGUAUUAGAUGGUGCCAAAUACUUGGAAACGUUAUGACAUAUCCACCGUGAAGUUAUGAAGAUCUAUUGGCGAUGUUGUUUAUUGUUAAUAACAACUGUAUCAAUGUAUGAAACUAAAUAUGGAUACGUAACUUGGAAGAAGAACAAACUAACGUUCAAAGAAUGCAAGUCCUCAUCACAAAUACCAAUUUCAUAUGGAGCUCGUGCGACUUUUAGAAACGAAAUAAACUCUACUGGAUGGGCAUUCUUAGAGGUACACACAUCUAAAGAUGUAACAGAUGAACAGCAGGCAUAUGCCGCAGGCUUUAUUGAAGGCUACCUCACCAGAGAUCUCAUUUGGAUGCAUUGGCAGAAUAUGCUUAAAGGGUAUUGCUACAACAAAACUGAUUUGUGCGGGCUUAUUGAAGAAUUUAUUGAAAAAAAUGAGAAUUACAUUGCUUCCAUGGUCUUUUUGAAUGAGAUAGAUCCAUAUUGGUAUCAAGUUAAAUUAUAUUACAUUCAGUUGGAGGGAUUAGCGGUUGGGUACAAUCAAGCUACAUCAGAUCCCUACCAAUGGUUAACUGCGCGCGACAUGGUUUGGAUCAACAUGCUUGGUGAUCUCGACGAUCUGGCGUUGUCUCUUGCGUUACCAAAGAACCUUCCUGAUGGAUUGUUAUUCGGUGACCACUGCACUGGUCUUAUAAAGCUUUUGCCGGACUUCAAAAAUUUAUACACGGCACAUGCAACUUGGAACAGUUAUCAGUCAAUGCUACGGCUGCAGAAGAUGUACGUGUUGCACUACAAGGUCAGUCCCCUGGAUAAGAAACGCAUCCCCGGCUACAAGAUGGCUUUUACCUCCUACCCCGCGUUCGUGCAGUACAUGAGUGCAUUGCGGCAGUCCACAGACGACUUCUACAUCAUAUCUUCGGGCCUGGUCGCCGGGGAGACCACCAUCAGCAACAGUAACCAGACCCUCUUUGGCCUCAUCAAUCCAUUAUGUGUAAUGGAGUACAUCCGUAGCAUGAUCGCCAACCGUCUGGCCGUUGACGGUAACCAAUGGACAAGGAUCUUCCGCCAUCAUAACAGCGGCACUUACAACAACCAAUGGUACAUAGUAGACUAUAAUAAGUUCACACCAAGCUCUAAGGUAUGUAAGGGCAAAGCGGAGAAGGGUCUACUCUGGGUGAUAGAACAGCUGCCAGGGUACACGGAGGCUGCUGACUUAACGGAACAAUUGGUGAACACGACGUAUUUCCCGUCAUACAACAUACCUUACUUCCCCACUAUAUUCAAUCUGAGCGGCGGCAACGUGCGUGUUGCCACAUUCGGUGAUUGGUUCGGAUACAAGACAAACCCGAGGGCGAAUAUUUUAAAGGAAAAGCAGGCGGGUAUAACAAACUUACGGGACAUGUUCAAUACAAUGCGAUACAAUGACUUCAAGCACGACCCGCUGUCGCGGUGCGCCUGCGUGCCUCCGUACAGUGCGUGCAACGCCAUCGCCGCCCGCAACGACCUCAACCCCGCCAACGGUACAUUUCCGUUUCGCGCACUGGGUCACCGCAGUCAUGGUGGCACUGACGCCAAAGUGACAAGUUGGCAGCUCCGCAAGAAUUACGAGUUUGUUGCCGUCUCCGGACCCACCUUCAAUAUAUCUCGCGGGAUACCGCCGUUCGUAUGGAGUGAAUUUGACAUGGGAGCUAACUUGCCGCAUAUAGGCCAUCCGGACGUGUGGGCCUUCAAGCCUAUUAUACACCACUGGGAGUGGACGUAGCUCUAACACUAUCGCUAAUUGUAAGCCAAAGGGUUUAGAGAUUUAUAAGACUGACUUAUACUUAAUUUAAAAAAAGUUGAUAAUGUUCAGCAAAGGCUGGAAAUACAAAUAUAUUAGUACAGUAUUCAUAUGAAAAGUAUGACAGAUAUCUGUACAAUUUCUUUUAUAAGAAUACGUUCCCACAAUUCGUGUUAGCCCCAAAGUUCUUAAAAUG